CAAAACAAAUUUAAAAAAUAAUUCUUGAUUAUUUCAAAGUGUAACCAAUAACACAUCAUUUGGAUAUUUUUAUGUCUGGAAAAAAAUUUGGAUUAGCUAAAUGGGUUAAAAUAGGUUGUAAUUUAAAUCGCGUGCAUGCGUCUGGACACCCCUGCGUGUUCUUCUCCGCGGCUCAACGCGUCUGAUCGUAAGCACGGAGCGGAGCGGUGAAAUCAAUGACUCGAUGCAUCGUUCUAAUCGCGAUGUGUUUGACCAAUCAGAGCGCGCGCUCAGCGUUCAGGCGCUGCAGAACUAACAUCACUCUGAAUGAACGGAAGGCUGACUGGAAGACGAGAUGCUCUCCAGCGCGGGUGACUGUCUAGUCUUUCCUUCACAAUGUCUGGCUUUAUAAAAGCUGUUUUUCUUCUUCUGUGCGCAAGUGUGUGCGGUCAGUGCGGGAAGAUGAAGCACAACCUCAGGAGAACAUCUGAACAACAUCACAAACACGGAACUUCACUUUUCAAGAAGAUGCUUGACGAAACUAAGACGCAUCAGGUGAAAUCGGACCAUCUGCUGCGUGUUGAUGAUCAUGACUUCACUAUGAGACCAGCAUUUGCGGGUCCAGCAGUACCAGUAGGUGUGGAUGUACAGGUAGAGAGUUUGGACAGUAUCUCAGAAGUAGAUAUGGACUUCACCAUGACCCUAUACCUGAGACACUACUGGAAGGACGAGCGAUUGUCUUUUCCCAGUAAAACCAAUAAAAGCAUGACUUUCGAUGGUCGACUGGUGAAGAAAAUCUGGGUUCCUGAUGUGUUCUUUGUGCAUUCUAAACGAUCCUUCAUCCACGACACCACCACGGAGAACAUCAUGAUCAGGGUAUAUCCUGAUGGACAUGUGCUCUACAGCCUCAGGUCUGUCUCAUCUGAAUCAGAUGCUUACACUGAUGAAGACCUGAUGCUCUACUGGAAGAGUGGAGAUGAAUCAUUGAGCACAGAUGACAAGAUCUCUCUGUCUCAGUUCCUCAUUCAGAAGUUUCACACCACCUCCAGACUGGCCUUCUACAGCAGCACAGGUUGGUACAAUCGUCUUUACAUCAACUUCACUCUGCGUCGUCAUAUCUUCUUCUUCCUGCUUCAGACGUACUUUCCUGCCACUCUGAUGGUCAUGCUGUCAUGGGUGUCCUUCUGGAUCGACCGGCGCGCUGUUCCUGCUCGAGUCUCGUUAGGCAUCACAACGGUGCUCACUAUGUCCACCAUCAUCACUGGAGUGAACGCCUCCAUGCCCAGAGUCUCCUACAUCAAAGCUGUGGACAUUUACCUGUGGGUCAGCUUCGUCUUUGUCUUUUUAUUUUUAUCUGUAGUGUGGUGUGAUGCCAUAAACUACCUGACCACACCUUUACCCUGCACAUGUGACAUAUCUCACGCAAGGACUAUGAUUCUGGAUGAAGCAUACAGUAAGCCUGAUAGUAAUGGCCUGGCAGGAUAUACACAGGCUCCUGUCUCCUCUGAGGAGGCUGCAGAUAAACAGGACCACAUGGUGGUGUGCCUGUCUUUGGCAAAUGAGGCCACAGGAGCCAAGAAGAAGACCCUUCGAGGCUUCCGUAUCAUCCAAAACACUCACGUCAUUGAUGCCUACUCUCGCAUGAUCUUCCCAGGGGCCUUUAUAUUCUUCAAUCUUAUCUAUUGGUCUGUAUACUGCUGAAUUGCCUUGCAAAGAGAUUGUGGUCGUAGCAUAUCGAAAUACUUAUGUAUUAACAAAAGUAAAAGAAAAUUGUUAUUUGUUAUAGAUUGGAAGGGCCAACACAGGUAAACAAGAUCAUGACAUAAUGCUUGUACACCCAGCUAGCAGAUAUACAUUCUUGGAUAAGAAAGAUGUAAAUGUGAGAAUCCUAUUUGUUGAUUGCAUUUACACUUUUUUUUUAAAGUAAGUGGUACAUUUUUAAAAGUCUUUGUUUUACAUAUUCAAUUUGAAAUUACCUGGAGCUGAAUGAAUAUUACUGUAAUGUAAAACGGUAGACACAGUCAUCAGAAUAGAGAUUACAUGUACAAAAGCCGUAAUAAAACAUAUUUAUACAAGUAAAUUAUGUUAAAAGAACACAUCAAAAGUCACGUAUAGAGGAAAGUAUUUUAUUUUAAAAUAUUCCUUACAACACUACAGUGGUUGCAUUGUCAAACAAUAAAUUUAAACACUUUACUCUAAAUAGAGAAUCUCAAAUCAACUGACAUCAAGCCUAUCCUAAACAUUUGUCCAUACAUUUUUAUUAAGAUAGUGAAUAUCUUCUUUGUUCAAGCACCAUGGUAAAAACCUUCGGGUAUGUCGGUGCAGUUAUGUCAUUGCAAGGGGUGAACAGUGACAUGCUUAUGGGGAUGGUAAUUUUACACCUUCCACCUCAAUGCAGUAAAGAGUCUGGGUGGAGGAAAGGGGAAUAUGGUGGAAGAUGUAGGAACACGAACCAAGGAUAAGCCUGAAACCACAUUUCAAAAUGGUUUCUACAUUAUAUUUAGUAGUAUCAAUAGUGAUUGUCCAUAUGGCAGAAAUGUGCAGUAAACAUCAUGCAGUUAGUUAAUGAGAUGUGAUCAAACAGACUAUUUCACUAUUAACAACAAUUAUAUGUUGUGAUCAAACUUAUAGCCAAAUUUGGUAGUUUUGUAUGUUGUUUCAGGGUUGGCAUCAUCUGAGGUCCUCUGAGGGGUUGGCAUCAUCUCUUCCCAAGUGUUCGGUCAUCUCAGAUCUUUGUAAGAGUUGGGUCCAGACUGAAGCUUCUGUAAUUCCGAAGAAGCAAAUAAAG